AUGCCGUCAAAUUCAGAGGUAGAGGGAGAAAAGCCUACCCUCUCCGACUCGUCGUUCAAUUCUCUCAUCACUCACGCUUUAAAUGACAAAAAUGGGCGCAAAUCCGGGAGCAUCAAGGAAUCCGAAACCGAGUCCGAGUUACUCAACUUCCUCAAGCAGAUAUGGACGUGUCUCACAGAUUCCUCACUCUAUAAGACAUCAGAAGUCAAAUUCGAAAAUGGACCUGUGAUACCAUUUAUGCACAGUGAAGCCGCGAGAGAAUUGAUCGCAACGCAAAUUUUAAAGUUUUUGGAAAGCUAUAGAGAUGAGCCGUUGUCUGACUCCAAAGAUACAACUCCAAUUAUUCCACUUUCGAGUAUCGCACAAAGCCAUUUGCUGACUUGUUUCAAGAUUUUGGUCUCCUUCAUAAUCUUUAAUAAAGAUUGCCGAAUAAAUGUAAAAAAUGUGACAAAUGGACUCUUGAAUUUGAUGGAUGUUUUGCUGAGGCUAGUGCCAUCUGCAAUGGAUUUGUCCACACUAUUGGAUUUUCUUACCGAUACAACAAAGACACUUCCGAUGGAAACUGCUAAAGUAUUUGCAGCGUAUUUGGCAAAAAGAUCAGAAUAUUUUAAACGUCACUUUUUAGCCCUGGAAGACUUGCCAAAUAACAGGCAACUUAUACAAACGUCUGGAGCUAAACUUAUAGGGCUUGUAAAGACAUUUGAAAGUAGCUUAAGUGAUGACCUCUCGCCUGAGGUUUCAGUCUGCAUUUUCAAUGUGAGGAUGAUGUUGACGUACUGUUUACCAAUUUCACAUUUGGGAGUUUGCAAUCGACAAUCCAUAUCACAACCACAAGAAAUGGUAGAAAAGGUCUCCGCCGAAGAGUGGAAUGUAUUUGAAAAACUCUUGCUAAGGCCGAAAUGCGACGGACUAUCCGAUUACGAACUCGGAAUUUAUGAAUCCAUCGUAUCAAACGUCAGCCAUUCAAAGGGUUCAAAUUUGCAAAUAUUUGACAUAAAUUCGUUUGCUUCCAAACAGGACCUCGGCUUUACUGAGAGCUUUCAAAUUCCGAGCUAUGAAGUUUAUUCUAGCUACUGCGAUAUACUAAAUUUUAUAUCGAAUCCUGAAGUGGUCGUCGACCAGGAUGAGGAAUACUUUGCUAACUUACAAAAACUCUAUUCAUGCAUCUUGUCACAUGUCAACUCACUUUCUGAAUAUCCAAGCUCUGAUAAAAGACUUGCGCUGAUAAUGCAUCAUACCGGGAAUCCAGCCGUUUUCUUAUCAAACAGCAACAACCCAUCAUUUUGGCUCUGUGUUUUGCUGUCAAGUUCUCUUGCCUUGCAAACUUUAAAGAUAUCGCAUAAAAAGACAGGGAACAAUGAAACUAUACAUUCAUCCCUGAGUGAAAGAUCUGCUUCCUCUAUUGAGUCGAUAGAGAAAUCCAUAUUACAUUCAAUUUUAAGAAUCAAGGAGCUAGGAUCUAUGGAUGCGGUCCUAUCGAGAGAAAAGGAAUGGGUACUUUGGAAACAAGGCGGAUGUAGUUCAAGCAUUCUCGACCCUCUAACAUCUGAUGAAUUUACAACGACUGAUAGUUCAAUUCCAACUUUCAGCGAUACAGAAGAGGAGGAAACUCAGAUUUCACGAUAUGUUGAUACACUAAAGUUUUUGGAAUCCGCCUCCAGCGAGCAGUACACUCCUAGCAUAGGGUCAGACUACUCCCUAGUGAUUGAUGACUUGAAACUAAAUAGACAGUCGCAUUCGUGGUACCUUGAAGAAAUUGCAACCGAUGAACCUGCCGAUACUCAAAACGAGAAGUUGAAGCAGAAGUUGAGAGACUACAAGAGCAAGAUGCUCAUGGACGAUGACCCUGCGAAUGAUAUCUGUGAAUCGGAAAGGGGCAAAAACAAUCCGCUCUUUAGGUUCCGCUUUGCAAAGCUCUUUUCUGGCAACUUUAUUGAAAAGUUCAUGGCGAUGUCAAACGAGGACAUAGCAUCUGGGAGUGUCGACUGUCUAUUGAGGUCCUUGAUCGAGCAAGAAGACGUUAAUAUUACUGACGAACCGGCAACAAAACGAUCGCGAGUGUAA